CGAUAGAAAAUACACGCGUAAAGGAUGUAGUUGGAAGGAGAGAAUAUCUCAUCUCGCGCGAUUAUAUUUCGCUUCCAGGGGAAGAUGGAUUGAUCCCGAUAUUAUCCUGGAACUCUCGCGAAAAGAUGCCGGCGAUGGGCGGAUUUUCACGGACGAAUCGAACUGGAGCAACAACUGGCACGGGUUUGACGGAGCGUCGCGCAGAAUCUCGCGAUAUCUCGCUAGGAAUCACCCCCUUAAUCGGGCACCGUCGGCGAAUCUCGGGCUCGGCUCGCGGUCGUGUCCCUCGGCCCGUUCCUGCGCCUGUGUAUGAAUAUCUCGCGUUUAGUUUAGUGUCUAGCACAGGUUACGGUCCGACCGACGGACCGGGAUAUCACACGACGUGCGCGAUAUCGCGACAAGUGUCGACGGCUCGGUUCAGAGUGGUAUAUAGGAGGUAAAAAGGCUGACAUAAACGGAUAAACGCGCGCGCGACGUUGAAGGGGAGUGACACGCGACGUGGUGCGUGGUGCGCCCGCCCGUACGCACGCACGGCGUCGAGAACGCGCGACCGACCGCACGCACGCACACGCAACACACACACACAACACAUACAUACAUACAUAUACAUACGACACGAACACAGUAUAUAUUUAUAUAUACACACAUACGUACACUCGCACACGUACGAGGGCACGGAAGGAGGAGACCGCCGACGGUUUCUCCCGUCCCACGGCGCCAAUUUAAUGGAUCCGACCAUCGGUUGGUACCAACCGGAGCAGUACGGCCCCGCUAAGAACCUGUGGAUGCACAUCUGGGAGGUCGAGAAGGGCAUCGACGUACUGACCCUGCGUAACGACGCGAACACCGCGAUGGGCGUGCGGCUGCAGCAGGACUUUCUCGCGCUGGACACGAGCCCGGCGGCGGCUGCGACCGCGGCCGGCACAACGCCGUCAUCUAACACCGGCACCGCCGGCACCACCACGGGCUUAAUCCUGGGUAAUAAUAACGGCGGCGGAUGCAGCGGUAGCAGCAGCAACAACAACGGCAAUGCCAACGGCGGCAAUGUCAGCAACGGUAACAACGGCCGCGCCGCCGUUCACGGCAAUGCCGCCGGCAACGGCGAGCAGCAUCGCGUACCCCACAACGCCUGCAACAAUUAUUACAAUCCGUCGCGCAGGAAAAGCGAUAAUCGCGCGAGCACCUACGGCAUGAAUUACAACUACGAAGCCCUCGUGGGCGAGUACGGUGGUUGUCCCUGGCGCUUGCCGAAUAGGCAGUACUCCAGGGGGGUGAUCGGAUUACAUGAGGAGAUAGAAGAUUUUUUUGCAUACAUGUGUCCCUCACACGAAGAACACGUUUUAAGAAUAAGAGUUGUAAAGAGAAUAGAACAAGUAAUUUAUGAUCUCUGGCCAGACUCUAAAGUCGAGGUGUUUGGCAGUUUUAGUACUGGUUUAUAUUUGCCUACAAGUGACAUAGACUUGGUAGUAAUAGGGAUGUGGACAAAUCUUCCAUUACGUACUUUGGAACGUGCUUUACUAGAUCAAAAUAUCGCUGAGCCAUUAUCUAUCAAAGUGUUGGACAAGGCCAGCGUGCCGAUCGUCAAACUGACCGACAAAGAAAGCGAGAUUAAAGUGGAUAUCAGUUUUAACAUGAACAACGGCGUCAAGUCUGCGGACUUGAUAAACUCCUUUAAGAAGCGAUAUCCAGUGCUAGAGAAACUAGUCAUGGUGUUGAAGCAAUUCCUACUACAGAGAGAUCUUAACGAAGUGUUUACCGGUGGUAUAUCCUCCUAUAGUCUAAUACUCAUGACCAUUAGUUUUUUACAAAUGCAUCCGAGAAAAAAAGCUUCUUGUUCAGACGCUAAUCUGGGAGUGCUAUUGAUUGAAUUUCUAGAACUAUAUGGCAGAAAUUUCAAUUAUGUUAACACUGGCAUUCGUGUAAAGGAUGGUGGUACUUACAUAUCUAAAGAGGAGGUUCAACGAGACAUGAUAGAUGGCCAUCGGCCAUCCUUGUUAUGUAUAGAAGACCCACUGACACCCGGAAACGAUAUUGGCCGUAGUAGUUACGGCGCUUUGUAUGUAAAAGAUGCAUUUGAUUGGGCUUAUUUUGUCCUUACUCAAGCAGUCAACCCCUUGAAUAUCUUAGUUAAUGACGCCAGUAAAGUAAGCAUUCUAGGGAGAAUAAUCCGCGUGACCGACGAAGUAAUAGAUUACCGUAGGUGGAUCAAAGAAACAUUCCCACUACCUGUAAGUGAAGGAGAUUCUCUGUCAAGCUCAACUGGUUCUGAUGCAUCUACUCUUUCAGCUCCUGCCAGUGAUACGGAUUCCGAGUGCAGUCGUGGCAAUUCUCCGAACACUGGCGGGAAAAAUGAUAAUGAUAAAAACAGAGAUAGGCACAUUUAUAAUAGUCAGCAAAUUCAUCCUUAUCCAGGAAAGAAAACCUUCAAGGGAAUUACUCAUGCUCAUCACCAACAGAAUUUCAAAGGCAGUUAUCACAUCAACAACAAUAUAGCCGGUCAAAACAAAAUCAAGCACGCACUCCACAAUAACGGAAACAAUAAUAACAAUAACAAUAAUACUAGUCACAGUCCGAAUUCUAGGCCAAACAUAAUGAAGAGCAAGAAGCAGCGUACGAUGCAGCGUGGGACCGGUGAUUGUGUACGGUGAUGAAACGUACAUGAUAAUUUUGGACAUUACUUCCGUCACUUAAGUAGCGAGCUCAAUAUCAUAACUGUGUGAUAGAAAGACAGCGAUUAACGUCGAUCACAUAACAACCGAAUCAUCCUACACGAUUCUCUCCUCUUCUCUUCUUUAUUAUUUUCAAUUAAAUAUACAGAAGGGCACAAAAAAAAAGUUUACAAUUUUAAGGGAACUUACAGUUUGGUAAUUUUACAAUUCUUGUACAAGACAAGAAUGCCCAAGCAGAAAAUGGCUAUACA